UGGUCCCGCUCUCAUCGUACGUCAAAGCAACCGCAGUUCGUGAGAAACCCUCUACGAAAAGUGCAAUCGCCGAGACCGACAACGAAAAGACACCUUUUCACAUUUCUCGUCGCGUACAAAGCAACCACACCAAUGGCAUCGCUGUGCGGAAGAAUUGUCCUGGCUGCGGCCAAGCGAAAUGUGACCUACACGCCAGUCCGAUUUUGCAAAAUGAUGAACGACCCGAUCGAGCAUGCUACCGGUAUCGAGAAGCGUGAGCUGCUGGCCAAGCAAGCCGGAAAUCCAGAUCCGUUCGAUAUGCGUGUGUUCAAGCGCGGACCGGGUACCAAGGAUAGCCCCAACCUGAUUCCAUCGGCAUUCGAUGCUCGUCUAGUCGGCUGUGUUUGCGAGGAAGAUCAAACCUAUGUCCAGUGGAUGUGGCUGUACCAGGGCCAGCCGAAGCGUUGCGAAUGCGGACACUGGUUCAAAUUGGUAGAGAAGGCUCCGGUCUAAACAAGUGGCGUCAAAAAUCCAACACCUAUUUGCCACCCUGCUGUAGAAAUGAAAAGCAAACUAAAUAAUAUUUAAAACCUGGAGAGCAUUACCUACGCGAAAUAAAGAGAUAUCCAGUUCGUUGAAAAA